CUGGCAACCAAUCAGAACGCAAGCUCAAGAUGAAAGGCCAGAGGGGGCAUAAAACCAGGGACUUUCGGCUUCUCUUCUCCACCAACGCCGAAGCACGUGAUCCCCCCUUUCCUGUUCAGGAACUCCAGCCACGCGGUCCUGUCCACCAUUAAAACCAUCUUUCCAAGCAGACCUCCGGGUCUCCAGGGUCUUUUCCCCCACUUGGAGCCGAACCCAGAAGUUCGUUUCUUCCAAAGGUUUAAAAAUAACGAAGCAGCAGCCGCGGGGCCUCCAUGCACCGCUCAGCCACUGCCCCCGUUUGCCCCCUCGGGGGCUUUGGGCGGCCCCCGAGAGCCUCUCCUGGCAGAAGAGCCGCCGGGAGCCCAAUCUUGGCUGCUGAAGCUUUGCUCCGCUCCGCCUACAGGCGCCUUUCCCAAAGUGCUGCCGCCCAGGUGUGCCCUGCGCAGCUUCCGCCGCCUUCGGCCGCUGUGGCCAUUGAGCCCGAGCGAUGGGGAAGGGGCGCGUGUGGGCGUCUGGGAGAGGAAAGGAGCCAACGCGGCCACCGAGGAGGAGCCGUGGGGGAAAUGCGCGCGCGUUCACGUGACACGAACAGAUGAUGGUCGACCUGGAGAACGAGGUCCCUCCGCUUCCCCCCAGGUACCGGUUCCGGGAUUUGCUCCUGGGGGACCAGGGCUGGCAGAACGACGAGAGAGUACAGAUUGAAUUCUACAUGAACGACAACACCUUUAAAGAGAGGCUAAAACUAUUUUUCAUCAAAAACCAAAGAUCAAGCUUGAGAAUCCGCUUAUUCAAUUUUUCACUCAAACUUUUAAGCUGCAUGUUAUAUAUAGUUCGGGUGCUCCUGGAUGAUCCAAAUCAGCAACGUGAAUGCAAGGAAUUAAACCAAGGAUGUUCCAGUCAAAACAACAUUUCUGCAGAGAUAGAUUGGUCACUUAUUAUUUGGGUGAAUCGAAGCUUACCUUUGUGGGGAUUACAGGUAUCAGUGGCUUUAAUAAGUCUGUUGGAAACUACACUACUGAGCUAUCUCAGUUACAAAGGAAACAUAUGGGAACAAGUGGUACGCAUUCCUUUUCUGCUGGAAAUCAUCAAUGCUAUUCCUUUCAUCAUUACGAUUUUCUGUCCUUCAUUGAAGAAUUUAUUUAUCCCAGUGUUUUUAAAUUGUUGGCUUGCUAAACAUGCUUUGGAGAAUAUGAUUAAUGAUCUUCAUAGAGCCAUCCAGCGCACACAGUCUGCAAUGUUUAAUCAAGUUCUGAUUUUAAUAUCUACAUUGCUGUGUCUUAUCUUUACAUGUAUUUGUGGAAUACAACCUGAACGAGCAGGAAACAAGCUGACCUCUCUUGACUCCCUCUAUUUCUGCAUAGUGACGUUUUCCACUGUAGGAUUUUGGGGAUGUUCUCCCAAGAUCUGGCCUUCCAAAUUGUGGUUUAUUAUGAUCUGUGUUGCCCUUGUAGUAUUACCAAUACAGUUUGAGCAGCUGGCUUAUUUGUGGAUGGAAAGACAAAAAUCAGGUGGAAAUUAUAGCCGACACAGAGCUCAGACAGAGAAACAUGUUGUUUUGUGUGUCAGUUCUCUUAAGAUUGACCUCCUUAGGAUUUUCUAA